UGGAGAAUUGGGCACAGAGCAGUUAUGUGAAUGCACUGGCCUUGUUGUGUAGACCAUUCUCCUAGCCAGCUGUGCUGGUCUUCCUUGCAGUGGUUUCAAGAACAAGACUUUAGAUUACAAGAAGACUACAAAUCGUGUGAAUGGAUAAGCUUGCAGUGACAUAGUUGAAAACACACGGGUUUGGGUGCCAAUGCCAGGUUUCUGAUCUGUAACAAUGCCGGUUGACAAGUCACCCUCGAUCAAUAAGUUUGGAGUAAUAUCUUCCACUUAUUAUGAAGAACUCUUGAAAUUUAAUUUGGAAAGUACAAAUAGAAAGAAGAAUCACAAACCAAAGCCAUCAUUUUCAAUCUCCAAAGAAUUCAUACUGAAAUUUAACAACACACAGAAUCCAUCAGAGCAGGAAGAAUUGUUGGAACAAGCUAGGAAACUCCUCGCCAGAUGUAAGAGGAAGCUGGGUCUUAAGACUCUGGGCUCUGGGAAGUAUGUGCAUCUUCCGUCUGCUUGGGCAGAGAUCAUCUAUCUGGCUCAGUGCAAAGGCGAGAUCCAAGACGAAGCUUUGAAUAUGCUCCACGCCUCCUUGGACCAAGUUUCUUUCAACUCCGAUCAGCUUCCCGCCCUGUUUUUUCUCGCGGAAUCAGUUUUAUAUCGGCUCUGUUGUGAUGCAUUCCUGAAGGGAUUUUUAUAUUCGGUCGAAUUAAAACUGGUGAAGAUUGGCUAUUUGAUCUUCUUACGACUCUUUGUAUUUUUCCUGCACGGUCACUUAGAAAGUUUUAAACAACAUUUACUUAGGCUGCAACCAUAUUUAUACGCACUUUAUUUUUCUGAAGUAUCCUACCACAAGUAUCCAAACGUCUUCUCAAACGUGCAGUUCAUUCUGAAAGUGUCGGAAAUUAUAUGUAAAAAAGAACUCCAUUCUGAAACAGUCGUGGGAAAUACAGGUGGAAUAGAGGGCGUGUUUUCUGACUUGGAGCACAUGGCGCUGGAUCAAGGGGGCUAUGAAGUCAACCAGCUGCUCUGGCACUGCGUGGCUGCCUGGUCUUGUGUUCAGAACAAUAGUCCUCAGCUGAAUGAAGUGCUUGAACAUCUCCUCUUCCACAAGACGAAGCUUCAAACAAAAUGCUGGUUGGAUUCAGUGCUGGCUUUGAUGGUCCUGGGAGAGGCUGCUAAGUUGAACUUGGCCUGCUUGAAGACACUGAUGGGCCUCGUGAAAGAUUUCAUUCUGAGUAUCUUCUCUGUCGAUAACCAGAGAGAGAGCUAUGAGGAGUAUGACUUGUCCUGGGCCUCAGAUGUUAUCUUCAUAUAUACAACAAUUAUUUCGGAAGUGUGUUUGUAUGCAGCUACCUCUUACCUGAGGAAAACGGCUUUGAUUGGGUUCUGUGACUGUCCAAGUCUGCAGAAGGAUGCUUUACUCAUGAACAAGUCAGAAGUGCAGCCCGAAUUAGAGGGGAUGAGCAUUUUAAGUCUUCUGAAAUAUUUCUCCUCCAAGAUGUCUAUUAACUGUGCUAAGUUGAUCUGGGUCGGGUACUAUGGCAUAGUGUAUAACAUGGUGAAGAUGUCAUGGGAACUUCAGGGUGAUGAGGAACAGGAUGGACUUAGAAACUUGAUAUGGAAAACACUGCAAAACAUAAAGGAUUAUGAGCAAGACCCACGGAUCCAAAUUGCAUUAACCGUAGCCCAGGCUGAAUUAAACGAGCAGGUUGACCCGUUUACUAGGUACAGCAGAAAAGCUACACCAAACCUCGGAGAAGAAGUUUUCUCUAAGUACAUUGGGUGGAGAGUCUCCAGCACGCUCUCCAAGCUCUUCUUCCCAUCCCCCAAUUCCUGUGCCCUCUCUUCAAAGACCUCGGAAAUUAGCCUGCAAAGAAAAGGCACAGCCAAGACGCAGGCAUUCGCCACCAAGAAAGAUAUACACUUUGUUGUCAAGGACCAUUCUUCCGAACUAGAUAUUUGCAUGUUUCCAUAUCCGGAUUUCUUCACCAAGGCAGAUAAGAAAUUGGCAGAAAUCAUUGACCAUCACUGGCAAAAAGACAUGGAGAUCCGAAAGCAAGAGGAAGCAGAGUAUGAGGAACAGAGACAGAAAGAGGAGGAGAUAAAGGAGAAAGUCCGCUUUCAAGAAAUUAUGAAGCAAAGACAGAAGAAACUGAACAAGCAAACCAAACCCUACGAAAUCCCUUGGUUAGAAAAAAAAGAUGGCCCAGGAAAGGAAAGUGGGUUCCGUGGGCAGGAAACAAAAACCCUACCUAAGCUACGUGGUAGGAAAGCGUCCUUAGAGUUAACUUGAGGCCAAUUUUUUAAAGGCAUUGUUAUCUUAGUACUGGUUAGUAGUCACAGUGUAGUCUUAGGUUAGUAGUUGACUCUUCGCCACACUUAGGUGAGGUGGUUUCACCAGCUGUCCCUGUGUUCCCCCUUGUUCUGAUGAAGUUGCUCUCUAUGUUGACAGUCACUGCACUCUGAGAAGACACUGAAGAUUAACUAAUGAGUCGGACAUAAGGGGACAAAAUGAGAAUUACUCUUGAAAGCAUGAGUGAAUGCAGGCUUGUGCCCCCUUUGAUAGGUUUUAUUCCAAUAAAGACAUUAUGAUGCCUCUUG